AUGGCUUUGUUCACAGCCACAGCGGCAACCUUCGCUGCAAGCAUUUCCGCCCUCGCAUACCUCAUCUAUCGCGCCCUGCUACCGAAGCCGAUACCUGGCAUACCAUGCGAUCCAGUGUCCGCUGGUAGGCUGCUGGGUGACAUCCCCGAUCUUUUGAAAGCGCAGAAGCGACGCCAAGAGGCGUUCACUUUCAUAGCUGAGAAAUGCAUACGACUGAAGUCUCCAGUCAUACAAAUGUUUGCCCAAAUCGGCGGGAAACCCUGGCUCAUCGUGGCGGAUGCUCGCGAAGGAAUCGACAUCAUGACAAGCAGAGCAAGCGAGUUCGACAGAUCGGCAUUAUUCGGUGGGCUCUUCAAAGCUACCCUGCCAGCAUCGCAGUUACUAUUGCCCACGAACGAGGAGUGGCGACAUCAUCGUAGGAUCCUGGCUGACACUCUGUCACCCAACUUUCUCGAGUCAACUAGUGCGCCUGCGAUAUACAGCGCAGUCAGUGACUUGCUGCAACUCUGGCGACAAAAGUCAAGGCUCGCUCUUGGAAGAUCCUUCAACGUGGAGAACGACCUCAUCCAUGCUGCUCUGGAUGCCAUCCGGGCAGCAGCAUUCGGUUCGCCAGCAGGGGCUACACAGCUGCAGUCUUCACACAUUCGUAAUCUGGACCAGGUUGACCUUGAUAUGGACUCUGCUUCGACCGUUGAAUUCCUAACAGCACCACUUUCAGCUGAGGUCGAUGCAGUCGGUGUACUAGGAGAUAGCUCCGAGAUAACAGCAAGCUCACCCUUCGGAUCCUGGGCACACCAGUUCACAAUCUGGACAUAUCCCUCAUUGCGAGCUGCGAUGAAAGCCAAAAACACACUCAUACGGAGCAAGAUUGCUGAUGCAACGCUGAAAGCAGAACGAGGCCAGGUUCCUUCGUCCGCCACAGACUUCGCCGUAGCUAGAGAGAUCAAAGACGCUGCGCGAACUGAUCGAAAGGCUGACCUACAUUCCCCUGUCCUGCGUGAUAAGCUCUGA